AUCUGCUGGCGGUCCAAACACGGGUGCUCCGUCUUAUUAGUCAAAUUUCUAUGAUAAAAAGUGACCGUAGGCGUAAAGAAAGUGUCGUCGGCAGCAGCAGAAGAAAGCGGCUUGUGAAUAAGCUCAUUCGUUCGUACUCAGUGCAACGCUGCGAUGGAGCCACCGACCGCAGAAGCGGUACUGCAAGGCGUUUUCACUCUGUACAACGAUCCGAAUAAUGCGGAAAAGGAGAAAGCCUCAAAGUGGUUGGAAGAAUUUCAGAAAUCGAUUCAUUCCUGGAAGAUAGCCGAUGAGCUACUGCGGCAUAAACAUGAUCUUAAUUCCUGCACAUUCGCGGCCCAGACGAUGCGGAACAAGAUACAAAACAGCUUUCACGAGCUGCCGGAAAGCGCACACGAAUCCCUGCGGCAGUCGCUGCUGGAACACCUUAGCCACAUUACGAUAGAAACCAAGUCGGUGAUUGUGACGCAGCUGUCGCUAGCGUUGGCCGACCUAGCACUGCUAAUGUCUUCCUGGCAGAAGCCGGUCGCCACACUGCUGCAGCGCUUCUCGAGCAACCCGAACAUGAUGUACGCACUAAUCGAGCUGUUGACGCUCAUCCCGGAGGAAGUGAACUCGCGCCACCUAAGGCUCGGUGCGAAUCGGCGGAAAGAGAUUCUGCUAGACCUAGAGGCAGACUCCACACUGGUCGGCGAAUAUUUGACGCUCUGUCUCAUGAACGGCAACGAAAACGAGCUGCUCCGAGCGAAGAUACUAAAGUGUUUCACCUCCUGGGUGCAGAUCAAUGCAUUUAAGUUGCCGGAGAUAAGCGAUAACAUGAUCAUUGUGUACUGCUUCCAGCUGCUAAGUAGUGGCGCGACCAGCCCGGAUUUACACGAGUCGGCCACGGAUUGUCUCUGCUCGCUGCUAACCUGCAUGGAGCUGAACAAUUCGCGGGGUGGCCUAGACGAUAAGCUGUUCGGUGGCAUCAUGUGUCUGGAGGAGGCGUACAACAUGUCGGUCGCACAGGAAGAUCUGGACAAGUCGAUGAAUCUUUGCCGGCUGUUCACGGUGCUGGUCGAGAGCAAUUUAACGAGGAUGGUGGCCUUAUCGGACGACGAGACGCCGCACUGUUCGGUGAAAUCGCUCGAUCUGGUGCUAAACUGUGUCGGACACUACGAUUACGAGGUGGCCGAAAUUACGUUCAACAUGUGGUACCGGCUGAGUGAGGACUUGUACCAUCGUAACAAUUAUCACCUGACGGCACACUUUCAGCCGUACGUGGAGCGUCUCAUAGCGGCACUGUACAAGCAUUCGCAGCUUGACCCCGAUCAUGAUGGGUUGGUCGAGGAGGGUGGAUCAUUUAAGGAUUUCCGAUUCAAGGUUUCAGAGAUAAUCAAGGACGUCAUAUUUAUCGUCAGCUCGAUCAGCUGUUUUAAGCAAAUGUUCGUCGUACUGCAAAGCUCGAACGUGUCGUGGGAAUCGAGCGAAGCGGCACUAUUCAUCAUGCAGAACGUGGCGCGCAAUAUCCUGCCAGAGAUUAUGGAAUUGGGAGAGCGUGAGAUACCAACGUCGAGGUUCAACCAGCUUUGUGAAGAGAGUGAGGUGGUGCCGAAGGUGGUCGAGGCGAUACUGAACCUGCCGGAAAAUUGUCACAUCGCAAUCCGCUACACAUCGAUCAGCAUUUUGGGCGAACUGUGCGAUUGGAUCGAUUCGAACCCGGAAACGCUCCAGCCGGUGCUUAACUUUCUACUGUUUGCGCUGCAGCAAAAGAACGGGCUAGCGACGGCGGCCGCCAACUCACUGCAAUCGAUCUGCUCCACGUGCAAAAAGCAUAUGCUCGGUCACAUUAGCGGGCUGAUGGAGAUAGCGCGAUGUUUGGACAGCUUCGACAUACAGACGGAAUCGGCGAUCGGGCUGCUGAAGGGUAUAUCGAUCAUUAUUGGACGGCUCCCGGCCGGACAGCUUACACCGGCAAUGCAAGAACUGUGCAGCUUCCAGGUGGAGGCACUCAGCCGGCUGACAAACGGUGAUAUGGAGGGGCUGGAUGGGAAGAAGUGCCGGUCCGAUCCGGCCUUUUGGUUGGAUCGGUUAGCUUCCAUCUACCGGCACGUUAACCCGACCGUUGGCAAUAAUGAGGUGAACCCGUGCUCGUUCGUCAUCAUCAACAACUGGAAUGUGCUGUCGCGGGCACUGGAACGGUAUAAGAAUGAUUCGAAGAUAAUGGAACGCAUCGUGCGCUGCAUCCGGUACGCCAUACGGUGUAUCGGGAAGCAGGCGAUGCCGAUACUAGAACCGCUGGUGAAGCAAAUCAUCACCAUCUACUCCGGGCACAAUCACACCUGCCUGCUGUACCUCGGCAGCAUACUGGUGGAUGAGUUUGCGUACGAGGAAGGUUGCACCCAGGGGUUGCUGAACAUGCUGCAGGCAUUUAUCGAGCCAACGUUCGGUGUGCUGCAGAUGGAGAACGGGCUGAAAAACCAUCCGGACAUGGUGGAUGAUUUCUUCCGGCUCGCCACGCGGUUCAUACAGCGUGCGCCGUUGCAAUUCCUCCAGUCACCGCUCGUAACGCCAAUCAUACAGUGCGGACUGUUGGCGUGUACGCUAGAUCACCGCGAGGCCAACAUAUCUGUGAUGCGGUUCUUCUGCAGCCUGUUGCGCCACGAUCGGGUAAACGAUCUCGAACCGAUGGUGCAGUCGAUACUGGCGUCGCACGGCGAAGCACUCAUCAUGAACCUGCUGUACGCGUCCGUCUUCUGUCUGCACUCGAACAUGCUGUCCGACGUGGCGGAAGUAUUUGUCGAAAUAAAGCAACACAGUCCAUUACAACUAGAGGAGUACGUUAAGAAGGCGGUCGAUUCGCUGCCAAAGAAGAACAGUGGCGGUUCCGUCACGGUUACGCACGAACAGAUGGUACAGUUUGUAUCGAACAUUGUCAAAUCCCAAACACCAAGGGCCACGACGCAAACACUGCAAGACUUUGCGCGAUUAUAUCGAUAGACAACACAGCAGGCCCUACCACCGUGCGAAUGGAGCGAAGAAAUCGUCCACGUCGUCGUAUUUAGCUCCAGUUGUGUAUGAAACUGAUCUACAGUUUUGUUAUUAGUGACGACGUGAGAAUCACCCUGUACAUAAGUUGACUCCAUAAACGAUAGUGCUGCGGUCGCUUCGUAUUAGGGUUUCCACGAUAGUGUGGAAACAUUGUUUUUAAGUGAUCCAGAAGUACGAUGGAAAAACCGAACUCACAUUGGACCGCAAAACCGAAAAAAAAAACUAUGGAUUUAAUCGCGUGCAUACCGUCCCGUGCGUGGAACUGUGGUGCGAUUUGUACAGAGGACAUAUGGUGACGAACUUUAAAUGUGUGCGAUAAUCGUACGGAAGAUAUUAAUUAAAACAAAAGAAACAUUUCAAAUAAUUAACAAAUUCAAAUGUAACACCCCGCAUUUGCUGCUGACCCCCAUCACCCCUCCCCCUCAUUCCUUCUAAGCGAAACGAGAAGCAGAAGCCAACCGAACAUAUGCAUAGAACGUUGAAGUACGAGAAAAGUGUACGUGAUGUCCCUCUUUCCACCAAGCCAACUCCCUUUUGCUGGGUGCCCACGUUCCUGGAGUUUGAAAGACAACGCUAGCAAGGAAAAGGCUUUGUGUGUCCUUCCUCGAACGUGUUACGUUUGCGACUUAGAAGAUUUGUAGUUUCGUUCAUUUUAGAGAUCGUUCGUUCUGAGACAGCGAACUUGUGUCGAUUAGUUUUGUUUUAUGUGUUAGGUAGAAAAACCCCGUUUUCCAUCCACCUGGCAGAAGAAGCACUAUUUAGUGUGGAUGAAGAACUCCCAGAUGCUUAAUUUAAAUAUGUACCCCUUUGUGUUUACCCACCUCGUUAAGAUAACUACUAUCCCUGGUAGAUGAUAUUUAGAAUAAUACGAAUUAUUUCGCUCUCUAUCGGAUGAGUUUAACUGUGAUAUGUUGUGCUGUAAUGCAUCAAACAUAGCUCGGCGUGGUAAAGGUUAUCUUAAAACAUCAGUAGCUACAAUAUAUUCUA